AUGGCAAGACAUCAACAAGAUCAAGCUACUAUGUUCAGAGAUUUAUUGAGGGCAGUGCAAGACUUGGGCAGGCAGCAGGCUCAGGUGGCACCUAGUAAUGUAACAAGAGGUGCUAACACCAUGAGCUCGAUCGUUGAGCAGUUUCGUCGUUUUAAACCCCCGUCCUUUGAUGGUAAAGGUGACCCUUUCACAACUGAGGAGUGGCUGAGAAGACUUGAAGGGAUCUUCGAGCACAUGAAUUGUAGCGACGCUCAAAAGGUUUCAUGUGCAAAGUUCAUGUUGACUAACGAUGCUGGACAUUGGUGGGAUUCCGAAACACGUACUAAAACUGCAGAACAACUAUGUAAUCUCACUUGGGGUCAAUUCAAGGAGUCGUUGAUGGAUAAAUAUUUUCCCCAGCCAUUGAGGGAUCAAAAGGAGCUUUCUAGAUAUGCUCCACACAUGGUAAACACUGAGCUGACGAAGACUAAAAGUUUUGAAAUGGGGUUAAAGCCAGAGAUUAAGGGAAUCAUGGCAGCCCAGCAACAUACUACUUAUGCAGAAGUUGUACGUCGAGCACAAGCAAUUUCUAAUGGUUUAGGAUUGGAAAAGAAACCUCAACCCAACACCGAGACUUCUGUAAAGAGAAAGUGGCAAGGUCACGACAAAGACAGGAAUCAGAAUCAGAAAGGAAAGGCCAGAGUAUUUGCUUUGAUGGGAGAAAAUGAGGAUCAAAACACAGAUGUAAUAAUAGGUAUGUUACCAGUAUUCGACAUACCUGCUAUUGUUCUUAUGGAUUCUAGAUCGACUCAUUCAUUUAUUUCUACAAUUUUUAUGGAUAAGAUUGGAAGUAAAUGCGUAGAAACAAAUAACAUUCUAGAAGUUAGUACACCCUCGGGCGAAGUCAUUAAUACUGAUCAAAUGAUUAAAGGUGUUAAGUUAGAGAUUGAAGGAAAAGUACUAAAGGCAGAUUUGUACAUCUUGGGAAUGAAUGACUUUGAUGUAAUUUUGGGUAUGGACUGGUUGGAAAAGAUGUUGAGGAAGAAUACGUGUCGAGGAUUUUUAUUGAAUAUAAAUAGUAAACCCCAGUCCGAAAGGAAAAUAGAAGAUGUACCUGUAGUAAAUGAGUUCGUGGAUGUUUUUCCUGAAGAUCUACCUGGUAUACCGCCUGAUAGGCAAGUAGAGUUCACAAUUGACUUGACCCCUGGGGCAACACCAAUAUCUAAGGCUCCUUAUAGAAUGGCACCAAAAGAAUUACAGGAGUUGAAGGCACAACUACAAGAAUUAUUGGAUAAGGGUUUCAUCCGACCUAGUGUAUCCCCAUAG